AUCUAAUUUUUUAAGAAUCAACUACCCUCUCUCUGUGCAAAACCCUCUGCAGAACUUUUGCUAGGCUCCAAUGGCCACCGUUCCAGGACAGCUGAUCUGGGAGAUCGUCAAGAAGAACAACUCCUUCUUGGUCAAGCAGUUCGGCCGGAGCCACGCCGGCGUCCGCUUCAGCAAGGAGCCUAACAACCUCUGCAACCUCCACUCCUACAAGCACUCCGGUUUGGCGAACAAGAAGACUGUGAGUAUUCAGCCCGGAGCCAAAGACCAGUCGGUGGUGCUCGCCACCACUAAGACCAGGAAGCAGAACAAGCCGGCCAGUUUGGUUCACAAGUCUGUCAUGAGGAAGGAGUUUCCUCGCAUGGCCAAGGCUGUUACCAAUCAGGUGGUUGAUAACUUCUACAGACCAGAUUUGAAGAAAGCAGCCCUUGCUAGGCUCAGUGUGGUUUACAGGAGUCUCAAGGUGUCAAAAUCUGGUGCCAAGAAGAGGAAUAGGCAGGCAGUUAGAAUGUACUGAAGGCAGUGAAUUACUGAGGAAAUGUGUCAUGCAGUCUUUA